UACCACAUCCCAACUGCAAGAAGAAGUUGCGAAAUGCGGAAGGGGUUCAUCCCACCACACUCGCAUGGCGAAAAUGGCUGCUGGUGAGGAACAGCAACAGGGUCAUAGAGCUGGAGUGUUCAAACAGAAAAACAAGGUUCAUAAACAUGGCAAGCAUCGGACUAAGGGUGAAAUCGAGAGGGAGAACAAAGGACGAGUGGGUGUAACCGUACUAACCAAAAAACAAAGGAAAGAGCAAAGAAAGAUGGACAGAAGACACAAAGCGAACCAGCUGCGCAGGAAUAAGAAGGAUCAGGUCCUGACAGAGAAGCGUCGCCUGGGCAGUCGUGACGGACCCCCCCACUUGGUGUCUGUGGUGGCCCUCCAUGCUGCAGUUGAUGCAGAGGCUGUCACUAAAAUGCUACGUGGGGAGGGGUCUGGAGGUGUUGUGCGUCAAGAGCAGAGUGUCAGUGGAGUUAACGACAGCUUUAGCAUGGUCCUGCCUCGCUUCAAACAGAGGUUCAUCUUCCUGCGUCCAAACCCAGAGGACAUGCACUCUUUGCUAGAUCUAGCAAAGGUUUCUGACAGCCUGGUGUUUGUGCUGGAUUCCAAUGACGGUUGGGACAGCUAUGGUGACUACUGUCUCUCCUGUCUGUUUGCACAGGGUCUGCCAAGCCAUGCUUUGGUGUGCCAAGGUGUGUCGGACCUGGCUGUGAAGAAGCGCGUGGAGUCGAGACGUAAUCUGGCAAAGAUAGCAGAGAACCGCUUCCCAGACGCCCGCCUUUUCCCCCUGGACUCUGAGCAGGAUGCCACUCUGUUGCUCCGACACCUGGGCUCUCAGAAACAAAGGAAGCUGGGCUUCCGCUCCCGUCGCCCCCACCUCCUGGCGCAGCAGGUCAGCUACACCCCCCACACUGCCGAGGGGACCGGAGGCGCGCCCACCGGUCUGGGGACCCUGCGUGUCUCGGGGUACGUCAGAGGCUGUGCUCUGCAGGUGGACAGGCUGGUGCACAUCUCUGGCCACGGGGACUUCCAGCUCAGCCAGGUGGACGCCCCCGUAGACCCCCUUAGCCUCAACCCCACCGCACCCAGACCAGCGAAGCCUGGAAAGGGAGGCGACAUGGACAUGCAGGACGGAGGCGGCGAAGAUGUGGAGUCGGUGCGUGUGCUGAUGAAGGCAGACCCAUCCCGCAGGGAGACUCUACAGACCGAGGCGGAGGUGGACCCCAUGGACGGAGAGCAGACGUGGCCCACAGACUCGGAGCUGCUGGAGGCUGAAGAGACCAGAAAAACCAGGCGGGUGAUGAAGGUUCCGAAGGGUACGUCCGACUACCAGGCAACCUGGAUUGUGGACGAAGACGAUGGCGAGGAAGAAAGCUGUGAUGAUGAGGAUGAUGACGAUGAGGAUGAUGACAAAAUGAUCGAUGAGGCCAUGGAUGGCGAGGAGGAAGAGGAUAUUGACUCCCAGGCCGCCGAAUCAGACUGUCCGUCAGACGAGGAGGAGGAAGAGGAGGAGCUGACCUCCACGGAGCGCGCGGGCACCGACCGCUACGACGAGCACAUGGAUGAGGCCGAAGAAGGGGAGGGGCUGAAACGCUACCGCGAAGCUCGGGCCAAUGUGAUGUUCCCAGACGAGGUGGACACGCCCCUCGACAGAACAGCUAAGACCAGGUUCCAGCGCUACAGGGGGCUGAAGAGCUUCCGCUCGUCUCCCUGGGACCCCCUGGAGAACCUGCCGCUGGACUACUCCCGCAUCUUCCAGUUCCAGAGCUUUGAGCGCACCCGGCGUCGUGUCCUGGCCGAGGCCGCGCAGGACGAGGAGGGAGCCGUGGUGGGCUGGUACGUCACCCUCCACAUCGUGGACGUCCCCCCCUCGGUGAUGGAGAGUGUCCAGACCGGCCAUCCCCUGGUGGUGGUCUCCCUGCUGCCUCACGAGCAGAAGAUGUCGGUCAUGCACCUGUUGGUGAGGAGACAUCCCAGCAACACGGAGCCCAUCAAGUCUAAAGAGGAGCUGGUGUUCCACUGUGGCUUCAGGAGGUUCAGGGCCUCCCCGGUCUUCUCCCAGCACACCUCAGCCGACAAGCAUAAGAUGGAGCGCUUCAUGCGUCCCGACGCCCCCACCGUGGUGUCCGUGUACGCCCCCAUCACCUUCCCCACUGCUGGGGUCCUGCUCUUCAAACAGAGGGAGGACGGUAUACAGGACCUGGUCGCCACGGGCACCCUGCUGAGCUGCGACCCCCAGCGGGUGACGCUGAAGAGGAUCGUGCUGAGCGGACACCCCUUCAAGAUCAACAAGCGCUCUGCCGUGGUCCGGUACAUGUUCUUCAACAGAGAGGACAUCCUGUGGUUUAAACCUGUGGAGCUGAGAACCAAGUGGGGCAGGAGAGGACACAUCAAGGAGGCUCUAGGAACUCAUGGACACAUGAAGUGUGUGUUCGACAGCCAGAUGCGCUCCCAGGAUACUGUGAUGAUGAACUUGUACAAGAGAGUGUACCCCCGCUGGACGUUUGACCCCUACGUGCCCCUGUCCCUGCCCUGGGUCAAGAGAGAGGGCUCGGAGGAAUAUGAGGAUUUGGACAUGGAGUAGAACACAGCCAUCCAAGUUACUGAGACACUUGGACUCAAUGAACAGAAAUGGACUUGCAUGGACGUUAAAAAAUGACGAUCUUAGUCUAGGAACAGGAUUGUCAUUUAUAUCAAAUAAACCAAUUUGAUCAAAA